UCCAGUGCAGAUAAAUAUGGCAAAAUUGGAUUUUCUCUGAUUUUGAAUAGCCUUUUAUCGUGUUUCCUUCGCAAUUUUAACCAUGUCCCUCACUGGAAACUACGACCAGAAGAACCAACCCACCUGCCACUGCUGCUUCCGCCUGCUGAGGUGGAUCCCAGUGGCAUUUAUCGUGGCUGUAAUCUCCUGGUCAUACUUUGCCUAUGUUGUCCAAUUGUGUUUCUUCAGCGUGACAUCGAUCCCGGAGAGGGUGAUCCUGCUGAUUCUCUUCCACCUGUUCUUCACGAUGUUCCUCUGGUCCUACUACCAGACCAUCUUCACGGCCAUUGGAACAGUUCCGCCAAAGUUCCGCAUCCCGCCCAGCGAAGUGGAGAAGCUGAACCGGGCGGAGAGUGAAGAGGCUCAGAAGAGGAUCCUCGAGGCAUUCGCUAGGGAACUUCCUGUGGUCAACAGGACAAUAACAGGAGCAGUGAGGUACUGCGAGAAGUGUCAGCAUGUGAAGCCCGAUCGAUGUCAUCACUGCAGCGUCUGCGGAGUUUGCGUUCUCAAAAUGGAUCAUCACUGCCCGUGGGUGGGGAAUUGUAUUGGCUUCAGCAACUACAAGUUCUUUAUUCUGUUCCUGGGCUAUGCUUUGGCCUUCUGCCUCUACGUGGCCCUCUCCUCGCUGCCCUACUUCCUACAGUUCUGGCAGGGAGAACUGGAAGGUGGCAUGGGGAGGUUUCACAUUGUAUUCCUCUUUUUUAUCGCCGCGAUGUUCGCCGUGAGUCUGGUGAGUCUUUUUGUCUACCACAUCUAUCUGGUAACACUCAAUCGGACCACCCUGGAGGCCUUCAGGGCGCCAAUCUUCCGGGGAACUGGCCCGGACAAGAAUGGUUUCAGCCUGGGACGAUACAGCAACUUCCAAGAGGUGUUUGGGGAUCAGAAAGUUCUCUGGUUUCUGCCCAUUUUCACCAGUUUUGGCGACGGAUUGGAGUAUCCAAUUCAAGCUCAGCAUCAACGAACGCAUCCAUCCACUUCGUAUGCAUCCAUGGGGGAGACAUCAGCAAGUGUUGGGGAUGGUGUUUCUUAUCCAAUUCGCUGCAUGGAGGAUGAAGAGGAUACUGAGUCACUUUUGGGAGCCGAUAGUCGGCAAGAAUUUGAAAUUUUCUCACGGACUGAUCACUUAAUUGCCGCUGAUGACAUUCACUGAGCUUCAAAUUUUAUUCCUCCAAGAAGCUUUUCCUGCUUCAAUUCUUCCUCAAAACAAACAAAAAAUUCCACUCCGACACUGAGAUUCAGCAGAGAUUUAAUUUUUAGAAGCGAAUAAGAACGAUUUGUACAUAAAAAGGUUGUAGGAGAGAGAAAAAAAUCAAAUGUAUAUUUUGUGUGAUUCAGCGUUGAGCCAAAAAACAAAAAUGAUCAAGAAGUUGGGAGAGAGGAUGAUAAAAAGACAAUUUUUAUCAAUUUGAAUGAUGAGGUAUUUUCAAAGAGAGUGCGUGAACAAAAUGUCUCAAAAGAUUGCUUUACAAAAAAAAAAUUAAUGUAGCAUUUAAGGAUUAACAUUCCAAUUGAAAAUUUUCAUUUAUUCACUGAAAUAAUUCUUUUUCCGAAAUAAAGAAAAAGGUACAAGAAA